UCAAGUCAACGCGGCGAGUCGCACACCUCCUGCUCUCUCGCGAAGUCCUCCCUCAUGUCUGUCGGAGCGCACUGAGAAAAGAAAAAAGAAGUCGGGGAGGUGAAAGAAACACGAAGUUCUGUGGAAGAAGCGAACAGGGAGAAUUUUUUAGAGCAGAAAGCCCGGGACCAGAGCCCCUCUCUCUGUGGGCAAAGGCGGCUGAACUUUUUUUUCUUUUUUUUCCUUCAAACGGGAAAAAAAUGAAUCGGAGCUUUAAUAAGUCGCAACCUCUGCGAAAUCCUAACUGCAACGCUGUGGAAGUGAAAAGCAAGUAUGGGGCAGAGUUUCGCCGGUUCUCGGUGGAUCGGGUCAAGCCCGGCAAGUUUGAGGAGUUCUACAAACUCAUCCUGCAUAUCCACCGCAUCGCCAACAUGGAAGUGAUGAUUGGUUACGCCGACGUUCACGGCGACCUGCUCCCGAUCAACAACGACGACAACUUCGUCAAGGCGGUGUCAACCGCUCACCCGCUCCUCAGGAUCUUCAUACAGAGACAAGAAGAAAUAGACUAUACCAACUUUGCCUCCAACACCAUAACACGUAAGAAGAAGCCUGUGGUCGCGCUGCGCAACGACGUCAACCGCAAGCGUCCUCACAUCCGCAUCGGCAUGCCACAGGACUUCCGACCCGUUUCCUCAAUCAUUGAUGUGGACAUCUUACCUGAAUCUCACCGCCGUGUCCGCCUGUAUCGCCACGGUUCAGACAAACCUUUGGGCUUUUACAUUCGAGAUGGAGUCAGCGUGCGCGUGACUUCUCACGGACUGGAGAAAGUACCUGGCAUCUUCAUAUCUCGGCUGGUGCCUGGAGGUUUGGCGGAGAGCACCGGGCUGCUGGCGGUUAAUGACGAGGUGCUGGAAGUGAACGGCAUUGAAGUGACUGGGAAAUCCUUGGAUCAGGUAACAGAUAUGAUGAUCGCCAACAGCCACAACCUGAUUGUUACCGUCAAACCGGUGAAUCAGCGCAACAACGUGGUCCGCAGCAGCAGGAUCUCCGGCAGCUCGGGCCAGUCGUCCGAUAGCAACGGCUCAACCGGUCACAUGUAUGUAAACACAGGGGGGAUGCCACCUUCUGGGGCGCAUGGUUAUCAGGAUGACCUGGAGAGUGACGAGGAUAAUGACGUCGUCAUAGAGAAAAACAUCAAGAGGCCAUCUCAGAGGUCCAAUGCUUCGCUGGCAUCCAGUGCGUCCCGCACACAACACCAGAAUCCGACCACCACCUCAGGCUCGGCGGCACCUCCGAGCCCUCCCACACGACCACUGUCGGUGGUCUCCACUGCUUCCUUCCACUCCCAGCAGAGUCUAAACGGAGGGUCCCACCAACACAGCAGCCUUAGCUACCAGUUCCACAAAGACCUUAACCUUCAGCACAACCCACACCAGCAGUCCCUUCACAGCCAUCAACCCCACGCGCAGCUUCAUCAUACCAGCAACCCAGCCCUCCGCCACAGCAACGGCAGCCUGCACAAAAUCCUCAGCUCACUGAAAACUGACCCACGAAACAGUCUCGCACUUCCCAGAGGAGGGGUGGAGGAGGACGGCACUGUCAUUACCCUAUAAUACUUACAAACACAGACACACAAACAUCCCGACUGCUCAGAGACUAAACUGGAACAGCUAAAUAAUGAGCAUGUGCGUGUUUUGUCAGAUACUAACUGUGUAACUUCUGUCUGGUUUUACAAAACCUUUGAUGUUAGGAAGUUGCAAACAGGAAAGAGUAUUGUGUACAUAUUUCUUGUGGGUUUUUUUUAAAGUCCUCUUUAUCAUACAUGAGAAAAUUUGUAUGUUUUGUAAUAAGCAUCAGAACAAAUAACUGUUUUUAGGCGAGUCCACUAUCGUAGUUCUGAAUGUACCUACAGCCUCGUGUCUUUACUUAGUGACCACUUUUUAUUAAGACCCUUUUCAUUCUUCUUACUGGGACCAACUGGGGUUUGUUUAUGUGGAUGUUUUAAAGAGUAAAUCUAUAUUUCUUAUAUUCUGAUGAAUGCUGUGUAGAGUAUUUUUGUUUUUUUAAUAGGUCUUUUAUGCUUUAUGAUCAAAUCCUUGUAUCUGUUUCAAUAAAUUAUUCUG